AAAUAGAAGGUAAAAACAGUCUUUCGUUGUCAACAAUGGAUAAGGACGCCAAGACAAACCAAGAUCUACGAUGUGUAGUUUGUGACUCUAAAGAAAACCUGAAGCGGUGUACCCGAUGCAAGGGAGUUGUGUAUUGCUGUCGCCAGCAUCAGAUACAAGACUGGCCUUCCCACAAGGUUGCGUGCACACCUACCCAACGUACAGAACCGAAAAAGAAAGUAGGCGAGGUCACGACGGACACGUGCGAGUCAAAUAAAAACAACGCUUCCAAAUCAGAAAUUAGCCCAAAUGAUGUUACUGGUAAUAACACUGAUGUUACAGAAUUUGAUGACCGUCCACUUAGAGAUAUCAUCUUUAAGAAACCGAGAUCAUAUGAUGUUGAUUCUCUUGCGGAAUUUGUGAUUCGUUACUUAAACAAGAAGAAUUUCUGUGUUGUGGAUGGUGUUUUCUCCAAUAAAAAUUUGCAGAAAGUGUUGAAUGAAAUAAAAAGCCUGAACUCAAACGGCUAUUUGAAAUUGGGACGUUUAUCAGGGGGCAGAACGAGUGGACAGGACGCACUCAAAAUGACCAAGACAGAAGUGAGGAAUGACACCAUAUACUGGGCUGAGGGCACGGAGUCUCGGCACCCAAACGUCAACAAGGUUGUCCAGAAAAUGGAUUCAGUUUUAUCAGCACUCAACAGUCACCUUCAGGGGGAAUAUUAUAUCAACGGUAGAACAAAGGCCAUGGUUGCGUGUUACCCUGGUAACGGUUCUUACUACCGACGUCACGUGGACAAUCCCAGCGGCGAUGGACGUGUAAUCACGUGCAUUCUGUAUUUAAACAAGGAUUGGAAUGCAAAGGAAGACGGUGGAAUACUGCGCAUCUUCUCAGCGCAAAAUGAAAGUUGCUAUGUUGACGUCAGUCCUGAGUAUAACCGGAUGUUGUUCUUCUGGUCCGACAGACGGAAUCCCCAUGAGGUUCAGCCAGCGUUCAGAACGAGGUAUGCGAUUACAGUUUGGUUUUUCGACAAAACUGAAAGAGAAAGAGCAAAAGAAGAGUCCGCGUUAGAAGGUAUCUCAGCAAUUAAAAAUGAACUGGUGGUUUUAGAUUUAGAAAAAAUAGAGAAUGAAAAGACCCAAUUGGAGAGGAAGAUAGAACAAGAAGCGAAGAAGGCCAUCGAGUCCUUAACCCAGGGAGAAUUGCAGGCUCUGGCUGACUUGGUGAAAGGUCACGAGGAACCAAAAGUGGUGCUGACUCAAAUGGGAAUAUCGCCCUCCAUUCAAGACCCCUUACUGAAGGUGCUGGAGGGUUUGUGAAUCUAUACUGCAGGCUGUGUACUGCCGUGCUUGCUUUGAACUGCAGUGUAUGUAAUGUACUCAGCAACUACUAUCUAGAUUUUAUACAGACUCUGAGAUUUUGCAUCAUUUGUUUAUGUGUGUACUCGAUUAUUUAUGCAUUGUUUGUUCGACUUAUUUCCAUUAUUAAUAAACAGAAUCUCAUAUUUUA